AUGCAUCUCUCAACGAUACACAUCAGGGAAGAUGGGCUGUUAUAUAGUCCCAAGGCAGUUUUAGUCAUUGCAACCUCAACAUUAGCCUUAUACAACGCCUGUGAACUCGUCGCCUUGAUCUUCUCCACAUUCAAACGCCAUCAUGGCCUUUACUUCUGGAGCCUUCUGUUGACCACCUUGGGCGUUUUUCCUUAUGCGUUGGGGUGGCUGCUUGGCUAUCUUGACAUCCUGAGCACCGAUGCGAGUAAGGCUAUCGCGUCGCUCGGUUGGAUCGUACUCGUUAGUGGACAAUCCGUCGUACUGUACUCACGACUGCACCUGGUAUUGAACAACUUGAGAAUACAGCACGCUGUGCUAUGGAUGAUUGUCAUCAACGGUACGAUAUGGCACACGACGCAGACAGCGCUGCUAUUCACUAUUGGACCGAGUGUUGAUGGCAACAAUCCCACCCGCAUAUUCGUCGCCAUCGAGAAAACUCAGAUGACCUUCUUUUGUGCGCAAGAAUUUGUCAUCUCAGGACUGUAUCUAUGGGGCACGGUCGAUAUACUACAGACGUCACUCGGCAACAAGCAGAAGACGAUGUGGUAUCUUCUGAUCAUCAACCUGCUCAUCGUAGCCAUGGACAUAGCUCUCCUCAUCAUCAUGUACAAGGACCACUAUACGAUCGAACAAGGCGUCAAACUCGUCAUCUACUCCAUAAAACUCAAGCUUGAGUUCGCUGUCCUUGGAAAACUAGUCGAUGUUGCGCAGAGCCGCGGAGGAUCAAGUGUUUCCGAAACACAUCCAGCUCGAUUCAUCGAGAUGCACGCUCGGGAACGUGGAAGAAGUGAUAAUCUUCCAGAAAUAGUACACCUUGAGAACACGACGACACGGAGGAUGGCCGAUGAUGAAGAAAGCAUGCGCCAUCUUUAUGACGAUGCGAUCAAGCAGAUAUACAAAGGCUGA